UUUGUAAUAUUUUGCUCUACAGUGAAGAUGUCUGGAAGAGGAAAGACCGGCGGUAAAGCCCGUGCUAAGGCAAAGACUCGCUCCUCCAGGGCCGGGCUGCAGUUUCCAGUCGGCCGUGUCCACAGGCUGCUGCGGAAGGGAAACUAUGCCCAGCGUGUCGGCGCUGGAGCCCCGGUCUAUCUGGCCGCUGUGCUCGAGUACCUGACUGCUGAAAUCCUGGAGCUGGCCGGGAACGCCGCCCGGGACAACAAGAAAACCCGAAUCAUCCCGCGUCACCUGCAGCUCGCUGUGCGCAACGACGAGGAGCUCAACAAGCUGAUGGGAGGCGUGACCAUCGCUCAGGGCGGAGUGCUGCCCAACAUCCAGGCCGUGCUGCUGCCCAAGAAAACCGAGAAGCCAGCCAAGAAGUAAAUCACUCGGACGCCGCUUUUAGAUCUUAUAAACCCCCAAAGGCUCUUUUCAGAGCCACCCACUUUUUCAAU